UUUUUUUUAUUUUUUAUUUUUAUAGACUUAUUUAUAAUUCUAAACAAUAUGACUGUUGAUGUAGAUGAAACCUUAAAACGUAUUUCUAAUAAGAAAGGAGUAAAAGCAGUAGUUAUUCUAAAUAAUGAGGGACAAGCUAUUCGUUCUACUUUAGAUCAUGAUUUAACAAAGCAAUAUGGUCAACUCAUUUCUACUCUUGUUCAACAAACACGUACGACAGUUGCAACAUUAGACGAUCAAAAUGAAUUAACUUUUUUACGCAUUAGAACAAAAAAGCAUGAAAUUAUGAUUGCUCCAGAUCAUGAUUAUUUGUUAAUUGUCGUUCAGAAUCCAGCAGAAGUUAUACAACAAUAAAUCAAUUUACAGUAGUAGUAGUAGUAGUAGUAGUAUUUGUAGUAGCCGUGUUUUCACUUUGCUCAGUAUUUUCAAGUUGUGACCUUUCAAAUGCUUUAA